GGACAUGCCCGACCCAACCCUUGCCCCGGGCCCCUCCUUGCGUGCAGCCGAGAAGAGGGGCGCACGGUGCAGGGUGCGGCAGCCCGCCGCGAGCCGUUUCAGCACUCGACCGGCGCACCUCCGGGCUGCUGCUACCUCGGGGCGCACAGCGCUCUGGAUGGUACGGCACUACAGGCUGUCCAACAGCGCCCCGUCGGGCGCCCCGGCCGGCGGGGCGGACACACCGAGCUGCACGACGGGCCGCAACAGCCGCAGCAGCCUCGCCGAGUGGUACGACCGAGACUGGGUGGCCCUCGGCAGCGCCCCGGCGCCGCCGCAGAAGGCCCCGGCGCGGUGGGCGGCGGGCGCCGCCGCGGAGCAGCAGGACGCGGCCGCCGGCGCCGGCACGCCCCGAGCCGGGCACGCCUUCCGCGGCAGGGGAGCUGGCGCCGCAGGGCGCGACGGUUCGCCUACGCCGCUGGUCGGGGGCCCCUGCGACCGCCUGGUGGCGCUCGAGGAGCGCGUGCGCUCGCUGACAGCCGACGUCUUUGGAAAGGAGGCAGCCUCCGCGGCCGAAGGGGGGAGCCCGCGCAGCCGGCUGUCCGCCGUGGAGGCGCGGGUGAGCGCGCUCGCGGGGCGGAAGGAGGCGGCGGCCGCGGGCGCAGCCGCCCGGGCGCCAGGCGCGGCCGCGGCCCCGCAGGAGGCCGACGCCCCCGCCAGCGCGAGCCGCUCCCCCAGCCGGCCGCCUGCCGCGCCGUCGCCGCCCGACGCCCGGCUCGCGGCGCUGAAGGCCGCGGCCGCGCUCUACCAGAGCGCGGGCUCCAGGCUGGCGGCAGCAGCAGCAGAGCCGACCCGGGACGAGCACGUCACGUCCCCGCCGCGACAGGCGCAGGCGCCGCCGCACGGGGCGCGGAGCCCG